AUUGCACCGUUUAAGUUCUAAAAUCAAAAUGUCAACAAGUGAACACGAUACUAUGAGUGAAGCGGCGUCUUCGCCGCUGUCGUACAUGGGGUCCCCGCAUCGGUCGCCGUGCCAGCAGGUGCCGCAGUUGGCUAAUGUCUUCACAGAACUUACGUGUGCUGAAAUCAAUGGUUACAAUGGGAUGAAAGACAGGCCGUUCCUGCGCAUAGUGGAGCAGCCGCAGGACCACUUCCGGUUCCGGUACAGGAGUGAGAUGGUCGGCACGCACGGGUGUCUGCUCGGCAAAACUAGCACCACCAGUAAAGUCAAGACGCAUCCUAUGGUCGAGUUGGUGAAUUGGAACAAACAAGCACUGAUCCGCUGCAGACUCGCGCAGCACCUCAAGCCCGACGAGCAUCCGCACCAGCUGCUCGAGGACGAGCAGGAAGACAAAGACGUCAGCGCGGAGGUGCCGGAGCGCGGCAGCUAUCGGGUCGGUUUUGCUGGCAUGGGUAUCAUACACACGGCUAAGAAAGAUGUGCCUACUCUCCUGUUCAAGAAAUACAAGGAGAGGCAAGGAAAACUUAUCGACAACAGAGAACUCAUGAGCUUCUGCGAGACGGAGGCUCGAGGUAUCAACCUAAACAUCGUGAGGCUGAGGUUUAGCGCGCACGAUAUCGACACCGACCGGGAGAUCUGCGCUCCGGUAUUCUCCGAGCCUAUACAUAACAUGAAAAGCGCAGCAACAAAUGACCUGAAGAUAUGCCGUAUAAGCAAGUUCUACGGCCGUCCCAAAGGCGGCGAGGACGUUUACAUUCUAGUGGAGAAAGUCAACAAGAAAAACAUAGAGAUCCGCUUUGUGGAACGAAACGAAAAUAAUGAAGAGAUUUGGUCGGCCAAAGCGCACUUUCUGCAGAGCGACGUUCACCAUCAAUACGCUAUCGUAUUCAGGACACCAGCGUACAAGGACCCGGAGAUAACGUCCGACGUGAAAGUGUCCGUAGAGCUAGUGAGGCCUUCCGACGGCCGCUGCAGCGACCCCAAGGAGUUCACGUAUAAAGCAGACCCGUUUACGAAGAACAAGAAGCGGAAAGCUAACACGCAGUCGCCGUAUAGCUCUUUCAGCAGCUCUGGCUCUUUAGGAUCAAUAAAAAGUCUUGGUUUACCGGCCACCGUUAUGGAGUUCGAUCAACAACCUCAAAAGACAACUCCAGAAAACGAUUUCAUGAUGAAUCUGAUGAUGCCUAAUGCCGUUCCGGUAAUAAUGGAAACGACAACUAGCGCUAACUUGGGCGACGCACUAAUGGGGAUGGCGUGUGACCAAGAAAAAAUCGAAAAUCCGUUGCAACUGCACUGCACCGUCAGCCCUAUGAUGCCGCAGGCAGACCCGCCUGCAAUUAGUUUAAAUUCUACGGAGUUUGCAAACCUUCUACGAGCUGAUUUAGAACCAGAUCAGAGAGAUGAUUUUACCGCACUCUGCCAGCUGUACAUGACUCCAUCAAUGACCGAUUUUAUGCAAGACGGCUUGGAAGCGGAUUCAGGACGCGGAAAGCGUAUACUCCAACGCAAAACGAAAGUACAGCAACAGGGCGCCCGUUCGCAAGUGAAGACCCACAAUACAACGGACAAGCCGAGCGAAUAUACCGCCGUCUACUCGCCCGAACACGGAUCGGAGGUUAAGAAAUUAGUAAAGGAGAUCUGCGAUCACAUACGAAACAAGUCUACUUUCAACAAGCAAGUGGUGAAAGAAAAACUUGAGAGACUGUUUGCGAGGCGCCUUUCCAACGGAGACACAUUCCUUCACAUGAGCUUAUGCAACAAUAGAGGCAGUUUCGAAUACAUAGUGAAAUUACUGCACUCUAUGAAAAUGCACCAUCUCCUAAAUCGCGCCAAUGAUCUCGAGCAGACGAUUCUACACUUGGCUAUCGUCAACGACCUUUCUCAGUUGGUGACCAUCAUCAUAGCCAACGGUGUGGACCCAAUGCUGGGCGACCAGGACGGCAAUAACGCAGUGCAUUACGCCGCGCAGUGCGGCGUCUGCAUGCAGCCUUUACUCGACGCCAUCAAGAAGAACAAAGUGCCGUGCGACCUCAACGCCGUCAACAAAGAAAAACAAACGGCCCUUCACUUAGCCGUAGUCCCGGGCACCGAGCCAUCCGACAUCGAGGCAGCCAAGCACUCCAUAACACUACUCCUGCAACACGGGGCCAGCCACAACGCGCGAGACGCGGAGGGCCGCACGCCGCUCCACCUCACCGCUUACGACGACCGCUUGGCUCUCGCUAGGGUGCUCUUGGACCACAUGCCCGAGAGUGACAUCGACGCUGUGGACAGCCGUGGCUACACGGCCCUCCAAAUCGUGUGCGGCGGCGAAAUCAGAGAAAACACCAUCGAAUUUAUGAAAUUGCUCAUUGAGAGAAAGGCGGAUCCUUACACGAACGAGCCACAUACGGAGUCCGCAUGGAAUUUAUCACGCGACAAACGGGAGCUGCGCGCCGCGCUAGCGGCCCUCCUCGACUGCGACGCCGACGUCAAGUCCGAGCCGGAGGAUGAAUACGAGUCGGCCGAUGAAGAGGACGAGUCAUGCCUGAGCGGCCUAUCUCUAUACGGCGCCGAGGUAGCCGCGGUACUGGACAAGUCGGGCGCGUGGCGCGCCCUGGCGGCGCGGCUGCGGCACGACGCGCUCGCCAACUGGUACGAGAACACGCCCAGCCCCACCCGCACCCUGCUGGCGCAGCUGAAGGAAUGCCAGGACAGUACCAUAACCUCGAAGUCUCUGAUGCUGAUACUCGAAGACCUGGGCCUGGUGGAGGCGGCGAGAAUUAUUCGCAAUAAAGCCGGCGCUCUCGACUAGUCGACUCGACUUUUAAGGCUUGUAUUAUGUACAAUACUCUCCCUCCUUGUCAUUCCGUACUAAAAUGAAUACAGUCAUUUUCGAGCCUCUAUUAACGCCCGCCGCUUAUAAGUAAAUGUGAGACCUUUCAUUAAAAUGUUGUCUUCUAGAAUAUAUUGAAAUGACAGGUCCCAAAAUUAACUUCUAUGUAUAGUUACAGUCGCCAUCAGAUAUAUCGGAGCGGCCGAGGUGCUCACAAAUAUCUGAACACCCCUCUAUUGUCAAGGCGUUAAGUGCGUGUUCAGAUAUUUUUGAGCACCUCGGCCGCUCCGAUAUAUCUGAUGGCGACUGUACAUACAUUUGGUUCGAGUCAAAUUUGAAUUGGUCGUAGGUACUUAUAAGCAAUUAUUUAGUUUAACUAUUGUUUUAAUAUUUUAAGUCAUUUUUAUUAUAUACUAUUAAUUAUGUUCACCAAAUGUUAGAAGAGUACGAAAAAGCAUAGUUAUAUUUCUUUCUUUUUAUUAACUUUACUGUAGGUGUAUCUAUAGUUAAAGCUUUGUUUGACACAAUAUGUUUACCAAAUUUAAAUCUAAUUAGCUGUUAUACUGUACUCUUUUACUGUUUACGUCUUUUAAAAUAUUUGAGACGUUAAUUACUUGUUAGUUUAAAUUUUUAUUAAAAUAAUUUUCUUACUUGUCAAGUAAAUUUCUGUGGUAGGAAUUGAAUGAAUGGAAAUCGAAGGAAUGGCGUAACGCGAGCGCGAGCGUUUUCAUGCAUGCCGAGUGUGAACUGUGCCAUGCGCUAUUAGUUUAGUAUUAAUGUGACCUCUAGCAGCCCAGAGACCAAUAAUAAGGUCUCCCAUUCCAUUCUAAUUUGAAUCUUUAUUUUGAUAAAUCAAAAUUGUUAUCGUCUUGGCCUGUUUUGAUGUCGGGACGGCUAGAGGACAAACAUGACGUAUUCUAAGACGAGAAAAAUAUAUCAGGGCAGCAAUUUAUACAUCUUUUAAGGCUGAAAUUAUAAUUAAAACGUUAAUUGGCCAGCUAUUACAUUUAAAAAUAAUAAUAUACACUCAUACCGUCAAUACAAAUGUUCGAGUCGUGUGACCCGCACUGUUCUUUAUACCGUUGUUUACACGAUGCAUGCAACUACGUGCACCGUGUGCAAUCGCACUUAUUUCAGUUUUUUGAAGUCUUGUAUUUAGAAUAUAAUUUGUUUCAUCUUGUACCUAGCCCUGUGUUGUAAGCAAAAGGUUACCUCAACCAGUAAAAACUUAAAUGUUUUAAAUUACGAAACCAAACUUAGGUGAGAAGUAUAUUAAGAAUCAAUGGUUCAUAUGCCUACCAUCCUAUUUUUAUAACAUUUGUAAUUAUAAGGAAAUUGUUUAGAGAGGCCUUACAGUCUGCUGUGUUGGAAUACACAUUUUUUAUAAGAGCUAUGUAGUAAGGAAACGUGAUAAUAUACGUAAGCUUUAUAUGGCUUACAUUUUGAUUUGAUAAAUCAAUUAUAUUAAUUAAAUCAUAUACCUAUAUUACUUUUAAUUCCUAUUGACAAAGUAUCUGAUGACGACGUUUAAAUAAUUGACUAUUAUACGCUGUCGCGUUCAAUAGUUUAUAAAAAUAUGGGAUAGAAUAGGCAACACAUAUAUCAAAUGUGUAAUUAUAAGAAUAAAAUAGUAAUGAAAAGCAUUUCUGUUAUUUUUAAUGUUUAUAGAAGAAAUAAAGAUGUUAUUUUUAA